AUGUACGUAUUUCUCCUGCACUUGAUUGAAUCAGAAAACCAGUGGUUGAAAAUUUAUUUCCCUAUGGUGUUCAUAUUUCCACCUCUUCUGUCCAAGAAGCUCCAACCAUUAUGGCUGCUUCUUGUAAUGUAUUUCUGUGCAUUUGCAGUGGCCUCUUCUCCUAAUCAUGAUGCUGCUGCUGCUUCUCCUGAGAUCGCUUCCGUUGCAUCAGAAGCAAAUGCUUUGUUGAAGUGGAAAGCCAGUCUUGACAACCACAGUCAAGCUUCUCUCUCUUCAUGGACUGGCAAUAAUCCUUGCAAUUGGCUUGGAAUUUCAUGUGAUGACACCAGUUCUGUUUCCACCAUAAAUCUUACACGUGCUGGAUUGAGAGGUAUGCUUCAUAGUCUUAACUUCUCAUUACUUCCAAACAUCCUCACUCUAAACAUGAGUUACAACACUCUGUCUGGAAGUAUUCCUCCUCAGAUUGGGAGCUUGUCCAAUCUCAGCACUCUUGAUUUGUCUACCAAUAAGCUCUCUGGUAGCAUUCCCAACACCAUUGGUAAUCUGUCCAAACUAAAAUAUCUGAAUCUUAGUGCCAAUGGUCUCUCUGGCUCUAUUCCUAAUGAAGUGGGAAAUCUCCUGUCUCUUCUCACAUUUGAUAUAUAUACCAACAACCUCUCUGGAUCAAUCCCACCUUCCUUAGGUAACUUGCCCCGUUUGGAAUCCAUUCAUCUUUUUUCAAAUAAACUCUCUGGACCCAUUCCUGCCUCUCUUGGAAAUUUGUCCAGGCUUACUAUGUUAUCUUUAUCAUCAAAUCAACUCACCGGAUCCAUUCCUCCCCAUAUUGGAAAUUUAUCAAACGCCAAGGUCAUAUGUUUUAUUGGAAAUGAGCUUAGUGGUGAGAUUCCAAUAGAAAUGGAGAAGCUUACUGGUCUGGAAUGUUUGCAACUGGCUGAUAAUAAUUUUAUAGGCCAAAUACCCCAGAACAUUUGCCUCGGUGGAAACAUGAAAUUCUUCACUGCUGGUAAUAAUAAUUUCACAGGCCCAAUUCCAGAGAGUUUGAAGAAUUGCCACAGCCUUAAAAGACUCAGGCUGCAGCAAAACCAUCUAACUGGGGAUAUAACAAAUUUUUUCGAUGUACUUCCAAACUUGAACUACAUCGAUCUGAGUGAAAAUAAUUUUCAUGGUAAUCUUUCACCUAGAUGGGGAAAGUUCCGUAGCCUCACAAGCCUCAUGAUUGCCAACAAUAAAUUGUCAGGUGUUAUUCCACCAGAACUAGGUGGGGCAGCUCAAUUACAGGUGCUUGAUCUGUCCUCAAACCAUCUUACAGGAAGCAUCCCACAAGAUUUAUGCAACUUGACCCUCUUGUUUGAUCUUUCUAUCAGCAACAACAAUCUUUCAGGAAAUGUUCCCAUGGAAAUAGAAUCACUGCACGAACUUAAAUAUUUGGAGCUUGGGUCAAAUAAUUUGACGGGCUCAAUCCGAAAACAACUCGGCACUUUGCACAAUUUAUUGAAAAUGAAUCUGAGCCAGAAUAAAUUUGAGGGAAGUAUUCCUUUCGAGCUCGGCAAUUUGCAAUAUCUCUCAAGUCUUGAUCUCAGUGAAAAUAUGUUGAGUGGAACAUUACCACCAACGCUUGGUGAAAUAAAAGGCUUAGAAACAUUGAAUCUAUCGCACAAUAGUCUUUCAGGUGGUCUCUCUAGCUUAAAUGAUAUGAGAAGCUUGACGUCUUUUGAUAUAUCAUACAACCAGUUUGAGGGGCCAGUUCCUAACAAUCAGAUCUUCCACAAUGUUACAAUUGAAGCAUUGAGAAAUAAUAAAGGCUUGUGUGGUAAUGUCACUGGUUUGGAGCCUUGCCCAACAUUUAGUGGGAAAUAUCAUAAUAAUAUGAAAAGGAGAGUGCUAAUAGCAGUUUUACCCCUUACCGUGGCAAUUCUAAUGCUUGCACUAUUUGUUCUUGGAGUCUUCUAUCAUUUAUGUCGAACUUCAACGGAAGAACAAGACGAGACUACAAUUUUACGAUCUUCAAGCGUAUUUCCAAUAUGGGAUUUUGGUGGGAAAAUUACAUUCGAGAAUAUUAUUGAAGGCACAGAAUAUUUUGAUGACAAACAUCUCAUUGGAGUUGGAGGGCAAGGAUGUGUUUACAAAGCAACGUUGCCUACGGGUGAAGUUGUUGCUGUGAAGAAACUCCAUUCAGUUUCUAAUGGAGAAAUACCCAACAUGAAAGCUUUCAAAAGUGAGAUCCAAACUUUGACAGAAAUUCGACAUCGAAACAUUGUAAAGUUAUUUGGCUUUUGUUCACAUUCACAAUACUCAUUUUUGGUGUGUGAAUUCCUGGAGAAGGGCGACCUCAACAAGAUUUUGAAGAAUGACGAACAAGCAAUUGCAUUUGAUUGGAAGAAAAGGGUGAAUGUUGUUAAAGGUGUUGCAGAUGCUUUAUGCUAUAUGCAUCAUGAUUGCUCACCUCCAAUUGUUCAUCGCGAUAUAUCAAGCAAGAAUGUUCUUUUGGAUUCAGAAUAUGUAGCUCAUGUCUCAGACUUCGGAACAGCUAAGUUUCUUAAUCAUAAUUCAUCCAAUUGGACCUCAUUCGCAGGAACCUUUGGAUAUGCUGCCCCAGGUUAA